AUGGAUGAAAAUCCAAGACUGCCUGAAAAAGGCGCAUUGAACACACCAGUCGAUUCAUCUUUUGAGGCAUUUGACAGAGGACCAGGAGUGAUGGAAGUCCUUCCCUGCUCAGAAUCAAAAUGGCACUAUCUUUACCGGUACUUCACAACUAGACAGGGAUGGGUCGGGGACUACGACUACGAAUAUCUCGUUACUCCGAACAUCUGGCCAUUCAACAAGAAGUACAAAGAUUAUGAAACUCCCUUUUACGGGUUGAAUGAUGAGGUUCCUAUCCUCUUGACAAUCAUCCUAGGCCUACAGCAUGCAUUGACCAUGAUCGGAUCGAUCGUGUCUCCUCCUCUCGCCAUUGCUAGUGGUGCCUUUUACCUAGAUGCAGAAAAAAGCCAGUACCUCGUCUCCGCUGCAUUCAUCACCACCGGAAUUGCAACGGCACUCCAAGUGACUCGUGUUCAUCUAGCCAAAACUCCGUUCUAUAUCGGAACUGGACUUCUCUCGGUGGUUGGCCCGACUUUCGACAUCCUCGCCAUUGCCUUCAGUUAUACGGAUAUGCGAUAUGCAAACGGUACUUGUCCUACAUCUUCAGAUGGGACCAAACUACCGUGCCCUGAAGCAUACGGGGCUAUGUUAGGUACCAUUCUUUGCACAGUUUGGAUUCAGAUCCUGCUAUCAUUUGUCCCGCCCAAAACUCUGAAUCGUAUAUUCCCAAAAGUUGUCACCGGUACUCUGCUUUUGCUUGUUGGCGUCUACCUGGUUUCUAGUGGAAUGCAGAACUUUGGGGGAAGUUCUAACUGUAAUGGUGGGACGGGCUAUUAUGCUCUAUGCCCGAAUACAGCAGCGCCACGGCCACUGCCUUGGGGAGACCCGAAACUCAUUGGGCUUGGAUUCAGUGUGUUCGUGACAAUUGUCAUCGUUGAGCUCUUUGGCUCUCCUAUCAUGCGCUCAGCUUCGGUCGUGUUUGGACUUGCUGUUGGAUGUGCUAUAUCUGGAGCGACAGGAUACUGGUCUCGUACUAAUAUCGAUGCUGCACCUGUCGCGACCUUCCUCUGGGUUCACACUUUCAAGCUAUCGGUUGACGGGGCACUAGUUCUGCCACUGUUGAUUAUGUUCGUUUGCGAGGCAGUAAGCUGCAUGCCGGAUAUCCUAGCAACUGCUGAGAUAUCUGGGGUUGAUAUUGAUGGCGUCGAGUUCAACAGUCGCAUUCAAGGUGGAAUUCUUUGCGACGGCCUUGGGAGUCUUAUUAGCGCUCUAGGUACGGGUUUGCCGAUGGUCAGCCAAGCAGGAAACAACGGGGUCAUCUCUUUGACUGGAUGUGCAAGCCGGCGAGCAGGUUGGUGUGCGUCUGCCUUUCUCAUCCUGAUGGGAAUCUUUGGCAAGUUCGGAAGUGUUUUUGGGAGCAUGCCCCCAUCCGUUCUUGGCGGAAUGCAAGUCUUUCUAUAUAGCACUAUCGCGGUAGCUGGUGUACGAGUACUAAGCUUGGUAGAAUUUACCAGGCGAAAUCGGUUCAUUCUCACAGUGGCCCUGGGCAUUGGCUUCAUGGAUAUCACAUCACCUGAGUGGUUCAGCAGCAUCUUAGACUACAGUGGGUCUAACGUCAGCUUACAAGGAUUUGAACAGGGCAUCAAUCUCGUGGUAGAGACGCCAUUUGUUGCUGCUGCUGUGGUUGGUGUUUUCUUGAACCUCUUACUUCCUUAUGAUGUUAAGAAGGCUGAGCAUGAGAGCGACCGUUCGUCGCUUCCUAAUUGA